AUGUCCGCCGAUACACCCUCCAAAAUCCCGGUCAUUCGCCCCCUUCCCCACUCUCGAUCCACCUCCUCCCUAGGCCCCCACCCUCAGAGCCCAACGUCGCCUCUCGGAGGCGCCAUGGGUCGCGCGAGCCCCGCUCCCGGAACACCGAUUCUGGGCGUAGGCGGCCGGAGGCUGAGUUUGGUCAAUGGCUUUGGUACUGGACAAGGGGCGGGGGCAGGAAGAGGGGCACAUAUUCGUACCCGGCAGGGAAGCAAAGCGGGGAGUAUCAGUGAGGUGCUGGAGGAUGAUCCUGCACAUUUGAAAGCCCAAAUUCAAUCGCUGAGAGCGGAUCUCGACUCUACCAAACUCAGACUGUUACAAGCAGAAGCGAGCCGAGCUACAUCUCCGACAUUACCAGACGUAUCUGUGGGCACGCCCUUGACUGUGAGCUUGAUAGAGGAAGAGAAGCGUGGAGACAGAAACAGUCCUCUGGAUCAUGAACCGCCAACGCGAAAGAGUAGUGAAUCAGGGUCGAGACCGUCUUCGAGACCGUCUUCAAGAGGUCUGCCGCAUUCCAAUGGGUCGUAUGAUCUCAAAGUCCACGCAGACACUCCAAAAGACGGACGAAGCCGCAUACCUCAAGCAGUCGUCUCCCACGCUACCGCGCUCCACCCGACCCCACCAAUCUCCAACUCCUCCCGGCGCAAUGUAUCCUCCCCUUCCCCCGGGCCACACUCCCCUCUGAGCGACAGGUAUACCACCCGCUCGCCAUAUCUCGCCGUCGACUCUCCCUCCCCCAACCCAUUCCCCUUCUCCCCUCUAGCCCACUCCACCUCCUCCGGCCUCGGCCGCGCUUUUUCGCCCUCCCCAUCCCCUUCCUCCCGCAAAACCUCUGGCUCAGCAUCCACCAAAGUCAUCGAUUCGCUUCAGACUGAAUUGUUGAAUACAAAGACGCAUUUAGAGAGAGUCAAGAGUGAGGUGAGAGCAGGGCAGAGGAGGGUGGAGCAGUUGACGAGGCAGAAGGAGGAUUUGCAAGAGACGAAGGAGAGGAUGAGGGUGGAGAAUGAGGGGCUGAAUAAUGUCAUUGCUAGGAAGGAGCGAUUACUCCAGGAGGUCCUUGAAAGAGCCCGCACAGCCGAAUCAGCAUUCAAAGAAAUAUCCUCCACCCGCAAAACCCUGGAACAAUCCACCAAAAAGUCUCUUACCGACAUGACUGCCCAACUGCAAGAAGCCAAAAUGCGCGAAAUGAAGGCAGAACGAGAAGCGCAGAGUCUGAAAGAUGGCGUGCAGAGUUUGAAAGAUCUUUGGGCGAGGGAUGUCAAGGGGGUGAGGGAGGAGAUGAAGAGGGCGGAGGAGGCCGAGAGGGAGAAGAGGGAGGAGGAUGCGAGAAAACGCGAAGAGGUGUUGAAGCUUGUGGAAACUCAGGCUACCGAACGGGCAGAGACAGAAAACGUCGCCAGAGACGCCCUCUCCAAAUGCGCCCAACUCACCGAACACUUCGAAGAGCGUUUCAGCGGUCUCAGAGCAGAGGCAGAGAAGAAUGGGAAAGAGUGCCAAAAGGCGAAUGCUCGGGCAAAGUGA